AUGCCUGUUCAUCCUGAAUGCCUUUGUGUCCCAGAUGCGCAGGAGACAGUUAAUUGGGAAGUUCAGCGUUAUGAUGGCUGGUACAAUAACCUGGCAUAUCACAGCAUGGGCUCCAAAGGUUCUAAACUGCUGCGUUUCAUCCCUGCAAGUUAUUCUGAUGGAGUCUACCAAGUGGCAACAGAUUUACCAAACCCUCGAGAAAUCAGUAAUGCACUGGGCACAGGACAGUCAGGCUCUCCAUCUGAACAAAAUCUCACAGUGAUGGCUGUAUAUUUUGGUUACCAGGUACUUUCUGAAAUAGUGUCCACAGAUAUGCCUGCCUGCCCAGCUGAAUUUUUGAACAUUGUCAUUCCACUUGGAGACCCAGCAUUUGACCCAGAGAACAAAAGCAAUGUGGUUUUACCAUUCCAAAGGGUUCGAUGGUAUCCUGACACAGGAAAAAGCCCUAACAACCCAAGAGCGCAGGUCAAUUCUGUAACAGCCUGGAUUGAUGGUAGCUCCAUUUAUGGUCCUUCUCACUCUUGGAGUGAUGCUCUGAGAAGUUUUUCUGGGGGAAAGUUGGCUUCUGAUCCUAAUGGUCUUUUUCCACCUUAUGCCAAAAAAGCUCUUCCAGUUUUUCGUGUGCCUGAUCCUUCCACUGGGCAAGGAGGAGAUGAAGGAAUAUACAGCUUUGGUAAUGCUAUGGCCAACGAAAGUCCAUUUCGUCAAGUGCAAAGUAUUGUCUGGUAUUGGUACCAUAACCACGUGGCAGAAUUAUUAGCAGCUACUCAUACUAACUGGUCAGAUGAAGUCUUGUUUCAGAAUGCCAGGAAAAAGGUCAUUGCUGUUUACCAGGAGGGGAGAUGCGACUGCAGCACUAAGGUCUAUGAGACCUGCAACACUACAGCCAGAGCAGACAGCGAAUUUCAGCAGAAGCAGGACAUCCACCCAACGUGUAUACUGAUGAUUUGUGGGGAAAAGGAGGAAGAUCGAAUUAUACCAGGUGGCUUUACAGCAAAGUCACUCAACAACUUACUGAAUUGCAAUAAAAUUAUCGUGCUAGGCGUUUGGCUGGACAGCAACUGUAAUUUUCUGAAUGUCACAGGUUUAAAUGAUAGGAUGUAUCCUGCUUUUCGCUUAUGUAACAAUUACUGGAGCAGACAGAAUGCAAACUUGAAGAACCUCAAAGAUAUUGAGCAUUUGUUGUUGGGCAUGUGUUCACAAAUAGCAGAAAAAGAAGACCACAUUAUGGUGUCAGACCUAAAAGACUACUGGUAUGGGCAGAUGCUAUAUUCCCGAAUAGAUUUGUUAGCUGCAAGUAUUCAACGUGGAAGAGACAUGGGGCUACCUGGCUAUAACAAAGUCAGAAGUCACUAUGAAUUGCCACCUAUGACGUGGGACAACAUCAGCAACUCUGAAAUAAGACAUAAGCUUUCAGCUCUGUAUGACAAUGACAUUGAAAAGCUGGAGCUUAUACCUGGUGCAAUGCUGGAGAAUAAAGGAGACGCUGGCAGCAUCAAAUCAAAAAUCAUUCUGAAACAAUUUUACCGUCUAAGAGAUGGGGACAGAUUUUGGUUUGAAAACACAAAAAAUGGGUAUGUGAUAGUCCUUGGAGAUGUGUGUCUCUUUACAGCAGAAGAAGUAGCCGAGAUACAUAAAAUGACAUUCCAUGAUGUGCUUGUAGCUGCUACAAAAACAAAGGAUGAUGAUAAUGCACUUCAAAAAAAUGUUUUUGUUUGGAAAACAGAUGAUCCAUGCCCACAGCCUACACAACUUAAAUCUGACAAUCUGGAAAAAUGCGUGCCCGUUAUAUUCACAAAUUACUUUGAAGGAAGUGCAGUUGGAUUUGCCUUUACACUUGUAUUUCUCGCCACUUUUCCUGUUGUGAGCUUACUUAUUGCAGUAGCGGUUGCACAAUGCCGCAAGAGAUCCUAUAUUCGGAUGCAGAAAGUGAACAACAGACCCCCUGUCAGUAUUGAGAGCAAUCCCAAAGGAUUUCAAGCCACUGAAUGGUGUGGACCUGAUGAGCCAUUACAACCUGUUUUAAUUGAGCUGCAUCCAGAUCAAGUUAUUAAAGCUGUAGCUGCUAAUAAAUCUGACACCAGAACAAUUAACUUGAAAGCCCAGCAAGAUGUGAAGGUUACUCACUCUAACAAUGCCGGAAGUAAAACUGUUGGAAUCAAAAUCCCCAAAGAGUAUGACCUGGUACUCUUUUUUAACAAUAAAGAAGAGCAAGCUUCCUUCCUCGACAAACUUAAAGAAUUUUUAGAUGAAAGUGGAAUUUCAUCAUCUUUCACUUCAAUGAGGGAAAAAUACAUUUUGAAAGAAUCAGUUUCAAAGAAAUGGAGACAAGACAUGCUGGAAACAUUUUUCAGACAUUCACUUUCCCAUGUUCUGGAUAUAAGUAAGGCAAAUGCAGGAGUAAUACACAAGAAGGAGAUUAAAGAAGCUCUGCAAUGUGAGCUGUCAAGAGAAGAAUUUGCAGAAUUCCUAGGACUUGAUCCAAAUGCUCAUUUUGUGGAGUCAAUGUUCUGUGUGGCUGACAAAGACUGCAAUGGAUAUCUAUCAUUUAAAGAAUUUUGUUACAUAUUGGCCAAUUUAUUAACAGGUUCUGUUGAAAGAAAACUAAAGUUCAUAUUUUCAAUGCAUGACAUUAAUGGAAAUGGGCUGCUUACAAAGGAAGAGUUUGCUGGACUGCUUAGGUCCUUCAGUCAGUUAUCAAGCUUCCUUUCAAAUGAUCAAACAGAAAAAGCUAUUGAGAAUAUUUUCAGCGAAUCAGAGAUCACAUGGGAGGAAUUCUAUGCUGUUUUUAACCAACACUCAAAUAUAUUGAAUUCUGUCACACUUCACACACAAAGUUCAAUACCUCCUCUUAGCACCAAGAAACAGAUUAACACCAGAGUGUCAUUCAUAGGCAGAAAAAAUGAUGAUAAAGGCAAAAGUAAUAUUGAAAAUGAUAACCAUAUCCUGGAGUCAUAUGGGCAGGAACUUCGAAAAAGAGCUGGCGGAAGGAAUAAUUGCAACCUGAAUGAACCAAAUGUAUACACCACAGCAAGAAGAGAAAACUAUGAGUCAAGCAAAGUUCAUCAAAAGAUACAGCAGUUUAAACGUUUGAUGGAAAAUUACAGGCGCCAUAUCGUAUGCUUUGUAAUAUUCUAUGGAAUAUCAGCUGGAGUGUUUACUGAAAGAGCCUAUUAUUAUGGCUUUGCCUCACCAUCAACUGGAAUUUCCCAGGUCACAUACAUUGGGCUUAUUAUGUCUCGUGGUUCAGCAGCUGGUAUUUCUUUAAUGUACUCUUACAUUCUUUUAACAAUGUGCCGAAACCUUAUAACAUUCCUGAGAGAGACCUUCUUGAACCGAUACAUUCCAUUUGAUGCCGCAGUAGACUUUCACCGUUUGAUCGCCAUGUGUGCACUUGUGCUUUCUCUUUUCCACACUCUUGGACAUGUUAUCAAUGUCUACAUCUUCUCAAUUACACCUAUUAAUAUCCUCAGCUGCGUCUUUCCCAUGGUCUUCACUUAUGAUGGAUCUGAACAUCCAAAGAAAUUCGUUUGGUGGGUUUUUGAGACUGUGCCAGGCUUGACUGGGGUUCUUCUUCUAGCUGUUUUGGCUCUUAUACAUGUGUUUUCUACGCAUCAUUUUCGACGUGUCAGUUUCCGAGGGUUCUGGAUAAUGCAUCAUUUGUAUGUUGUUCUCUUCAUAUUGACUAUCAUCCAUGGCAGUUUUGCACUGAUCCAGUUACCACGCUUCUACUUAUAUUUGAUUGUCCCAGCUAUUAUCUUUGCAGUCGACAAAAUGAUUAGUUUGAGCAGGAAGAAGAUAGAGAUUGAAGUUCUAGAAGUGAAGAAACAUCCAUCAGGUGUGACAUGCCUGAAGUUCCAGCGCCCAAGUGAUUUUGACUAUAAAUCUGGUCAGUGGGUUAGGAUCGCCUGUUUAUCUCUUGGUACAGAUGAGUACCAUCCUUUCACACUGUCCUCUGCACCCCAUGAGGAUGUAUUAAGCCUGCACAUUAGGGCAGUAGGGCCCUGGACAACAUGUCUAAGAGAGCUAUAUACGUCUCAUAACACAGCAGAGGCAAAGUACCCAAAGCUUUUCCUGGAUGGGCCAUUCGGCGAAGGACAUCAGGAAUGGAAUAUGUUUGACGUAUCAGUUCUAGUUGGCGGAGGAAUUGGAGUGACACCUUUUGCAUCAAUUCUCAAGGACUUGGUCUUUAAAUCAUCAGUCAAUGCAAGGAUCAACUGCAAGAAAGUUUAUUUCAUAUGGGUGACACGCACCCAGAAGCAGUUUGAAUGGCUGAUAGACAUCAUCCGAGAGGUGGAACAGAUUGAUAAGAAUGAUCUGCUAUCAGUUCAUAUAUACAUAACUCAGCUGACUGAAAAGUUUGAUUUCCGCACAGCCAUGCUGUACAUUUGUGAGAGACAUUUUCAGAAAAAUCAGAACCAAAGUUUGCUAACUGGGCUGCGAUCUGUCACACACUUUGGAAGACCACCAUUUGUGGGCUUUUUGAACUCCUUACAAGAAGUGCAUCCUAAGGUAAAGAAAAUUGGUGUGUUCAGUUGUGGACCUCCUGGAAUGACGAAAAAUGUAGAAGAUGCUUGCCGGAAACUUAACAAACGAGACGAGUGCCAUUUUAUGCAUCACUAUGAGAAUUUUUAGCUCACUAUUGAAUACUUAAAUUUCACAAUCA